AAUUUAGACAACCCCACAACCAAGAAAAAGCAAGAAGAGAUGGUGGACAUAAGAUUUAUAAGUUUAGUACUCGGGCUUCUCUUUCUCUUGAAUGCCAUUAGAGACUACUCUUGUGUUCAUGCUCAUCAGCAAGACUGGGAAAAUGGCAAAGAUAAGCUUGUGAUUCCUGAAUAUAAGGAACUUGUUGAUGGUUUCGCCACUACCAGCACAAGGAAGCUUGGAGUAGGAGGAAGGAAAAUGGUGGCUCAUGAAGUUCUAAUGAGGAGAAAAUUUGAGAAAGAGCCAAGUGCUUUUCAUGGAGGAGCUUCAAAGGAUAUUUCAGGAGAGCAGCAUCAAGCUUUGGUUAAAUAUCUUCAAGCAUCUGAAGACCAAAAUUUCAAUUUGAAUCAUCAGAAGAAUGUGAAGCCAAAGACACAAAAGCCAGGAAGUUGGGGAAGUCCGAGGAGCGAGCCUGUGCCAGUCCAUCUUCAAAACACCAAAGCUAGCCACUCUCAUCAAGAUUCCAAGAAAUUGCCAGCCAAAGCCAGCUUGGAAAGCCUUUCAAGAUCUGACAAAAAGCAGCUAUUCUCUAGUCAUGAACCUGAAGCACCGGUUGCAAAACCAGAAGGUGAAACGCAAAGGCUUCUUGAGGCAACUAAAGAGAUAGUGAACUUGAUGGACAAAGAUUACAGAGGCAUGCCUCGCCGCAAGCCACCAAUUAACAACCAUGUGCCUAUUCAUUAAUUAAGUAGUGCAACUUAACCCUAGCUAGAUGGGUUUUCGGCUCACAAUUUUGGCCCAUCCUAAUAGGAAGUGAAGUCCCUUAACCCAUGUAGGAUACAACAGCUUGUAGUGGUUUUUGCUUGCAUAGUUUUUUUUUUUUUUCUUUUUCUAACUUUACACUUAAAUGUAGAAACAUACGAGUUCUGUAAAUUAAGUCUACUUCAUAUUUUGGUAAUUUUAAUUAUACGAUAAUUCUUAAA